AUGCUAUCAGACAUCAACUUGGACCCUGCAAGUGUUACCAUAUUGCCACUCUCGUACUACUUAAGUUCGCCAAGUCUUGGCCAGUUCACGCGUAAUGGCUAUGUGGAUGGAUGGCUUCGUAUCGGUGUUGGAGCCUCGCCAGAAUCUCAGGGCUCCUCCCUUACAUUACCACAUCUUGUGGAACAGCAAAAGCGUGCUGUGUCGGAAGUCAUGCAUACGUUCACAUCAGAUGGACUUGUUAUGCCCGAGUAUAAAUCGAGCUCCUCGUCAUCGCCCAAAAAGGGCCUGUAUACCACUGUUUACGAAUACACGUUCGCUUUUGCACGGAAUGAGGGCCAAAAGAAUUUGCGUAUGUGA